GUUCCUCCCCUCUCCCUCUUUCUCUCUCUCUCUCUCUCUCCCUCUCCUUCACGAGUCUUUCCAACCACAAAGGCUCUCAUACAAACACCCAACACUUCUUAGUUCUUAUGGCACCAAAGCCAUCAAUCCCCCCAAUUAAGAAACCAUAGCCCAAAAACAGAUAUCCACUUUCUUACUAUAUGAUGAAAAUUAUCAUACAUAUCCUACUAGAAAGCAACCAUACCUUCUAAGAAUUCAAAUCCUUUCAGUGCUAGAAAAUCAAAAAAAAAAAAAGAAAAAGAAAAAGAAAAAAGAAGAAGAUAUGGAGAUUGAAUUGGCGAAGUGUGAGUGUUGUGGGUUGAAAGAAGACUGCACCCAAGACUACAUCAAUGAAGUGAAAUCCAAAUUUGAUGGGAAAUGGCUAUGUGGGUUGUGCUCAGAAGCUGUUAGGGAUGAAGUACACAGAGGGAAGUCUGAGAUGGAAGAAGCUGUGAAGGCUCACAUGUCGUUUUGUCGAAAAUAUAAAUCGAACCCCGCCAUUCGAGUUGCAGAUGGGAUGAGGCAGAUGCUGAGGAGAAGGUCAGGUGAUCUGUUAUCGUCCCCAUCGUCUUCAUCAUCCUCAUCCUCAUC